AUGCCAGUCCGCGGGCCCGUCCCCGUCAACCUGACCACCAGACAGGCCGCCGAGGUGCUCAAGGUCGGGCCCAUGACCAUCCGCGUCUACGAGGACGGAUCCCGCACCGGCGACCGCAUCAGCGCCAUCCUGUUGGAGCUCCCAGCGGGGGUUUCCGGGCCGCCCAUGCAUUGGCAUCGGUUUCAUGACGAGUUGUUUUUUGUCGUCAAGGGGACAUGUCGCUUCGUAACACCCGACGCCGAAGUGGACGCCACGGCCGGAGACCUCAUGACAGUCCCGCCGGGAGCCAUCCACACGUUCAAAAAUGCGUCGAAGACGGAAGCCUGCGAGGUGUAUAUGACUGCCACGCCAGGCCAUUACGUCGAUUACUUUCGAAUGCUCUCCAAGGCUGGUACGGAGGGGAAAAUGCUUAGCAAGGAGGAGAUAGAGCAUCUUAUGGCGCUGUUUGGGACAUUUCCGCCGGAUAUCGAGUCAGAGCCUUAGAAGAGAGAGAAAAAGAAAAAGAAAAAGAAGGUUUUUUUCUUUU